AUGGAGGAAGCACAUUAUGGCUCAUGUGGAGCAUACCAAUCUGGUCCAAGCUCCAUUUUCGCAUCAAGAGGAUGGGCUACUACUAGCCAACAAUGGUACGGCAUACCAAGAUACAUAAUCGUUGAUAAUGGAAUGCCAUUUGACAACAAGCUCGUGAGGAGUCUAUGCGAGAAAUUUGGUUUUAAGCAAGAUAUGUCUUCAAUGUAUAAUGCAUCCACCAAUGGCCUUGCUGAAGCUUUUAACAAGAUAAGUGCUACACUAGCAACUCCUUACUCUUUGGUGUAUGGCGUAGAAGCAGUCCUUCCGUUGGAGCAACAAAUUCCAUCAUUGCGGAUCACAGUCCAAGAAGGACUCAUAUCCGAAGAGAAUGCUCAACUUCGCCUACCAGAGUUAGAGGAAUUGGAUGAGAAAAGAUUGGAAGAGCAACCAAAUUGGAGUGCUAUCAAGCUCGGCUAG